UUCGCGAAGUUGGUGUCGCAAGCGAAUGAGAGUACCGCUGCGGCCGCUGCAGUGUUCUUUGAGAACAUUCCUCUUUCUGGACCGUUACCCGGGGAGGACUGUGUGCGGGGAGAAAGGGCCACCAAACCGCUACCCGGGGAGGGGGAAACAGACUCGAAUUACACUUCGACCUCACCCCCGGCUUCAAUUAGCGCAAGUUUAUCCCGCGGUGCACAUCUAUCUGGGUCUUACUUCUCUGUUGAACAAAACGAACUGAAAGAUAGAUAUUUUGAGAUGGCUACUAGCGUAAAAAGUGUAACUGAUUAUGGAUGCAACCAUCGGGUUAAAAACCUGGACUCGACCGAUUCACGCCACAGGAUACCCAUCUCCAUGAUGGCUCCAAGUCCCUACUCCCGCUCGCUUUUGGUUCCGCUUAGGGGCGGAGCAAGGCAAAUACCAUACGGUCGAGUUGGCCAGUCAGUAUGGAUUGGACCAUAUUCUGAUGGAGACAAGUCGUACCUUGAGGCAACAGGACAAUUCCACGCAGCUUACAUGGAGUAUUUUACUUCUGGUCAUUCCUUUACUUCUAUUGAUUCCUUUACUUCCGGUCAUUCCUUCACUUCCGGUCAUUCUUUCACUUCCGGGCAUUCCUUCACUUCCAGCCAUUCCCUCACUCCAAGCGAUGACGUUACGAUCACGUCAUAUAUAAUUGCUUGCAAACGAAAAGACUGCGGGUCUGUCUGCUGAGAUAGUUGAGUGAUGGACUGGGGAGAGAUUAUUUACUUCCUGUUUACCAGUCUCAUUGUCACAUUCCACAAUUUGCAAGUGUAUGUUUUAGCAAGCGUUAGUCUAACGCCUAUAAUAGUCGAGCUCUUACUGACCCAACAUAUUGAUCCCAUCAUAUACACCAAACAGUUUACACACUA